CCCAAACCCAAGGAAGCCGGAGAGCAUAGUGAGAGAGUAGCUACGGGUCUGCGCCCGUGUGUUGGUUGCCCCGUAUAAAAGCAACUGUCCGUUCUUUGCGUGCGAGCUGUUAGUAAACAAACUUUUAUCGUAGUCGACCAUUCACUCACUGUUCUUUGGGCUAGAUCCAUUCACUUGUUGCAGCGAAAGAACGUUCACAUAGGAAACUUCGUGCACGCGCGACGUUCGACGAGAACGAAGUUCUGCGUCUGCGAGUGAUCUAACCUGCGACAUUUUCAAAGCUUUCACAUUUCACAGGAAGAGAAAGCCUUAAAAGUGCCCUCAAUAGCAUUAUCAUCGUUAUCGUCAUCAACAAGACACCCAUAGGAAAGGAAAUUGUUCAAUCUCAUCAUCUUGGUGGCUCCCCGCUAAUCGUUUGUUGAUUACUUUCCUUUGGAUUUAAUUAAAUCAGCUGACCGAAAAAUGAACACUUUGCUCAUACUGUCCGCGCUUGUGACAGUAAUCGCAGCGCAGAAUGAUUACACCACGCCGGUGCCCAUCCUGAAGCAAAUCAACCGACACAACGAGGACGGAAGCUAUAGCUAUGGCUACGAAGCGGCGGAUGGUUCUUUCAAAAUUGAAACCAAAUACCCUAACGGUGAGGUACAGGGCAAAUACGGCUACGUCGAUGAUAGUGGAAAGCAGCGUGAGAUUGAAUACGGUGCCAGCAAGCGUGGAUUUGAACCAACCGGUACUGACAUCAACGUUCCUCCACCAACUCUAAACAACAACAACUACCCAGCUUUGGGACUAAACGAGGAAGAUGAUGGGCAAUACCGUGAAGACCCAAGCGUCUACUACAAGGACUCGCGAUACAAUUCCAAGCCAGCUUCAGCUCCCGCGUAUCAGCCUCGUCCAGCUCCUGCGUAUCAGCCUCGUCCAGCUCCGGUUCAGUACAACUCCGCGCCACAGCAGUACUAUCAGAACAACGUUGCUCCGGCCCCAAUUCAAGCUCCAGUGGCUCCAACCUACCAGCAGCCACAGCAUCGAUUCCAGCCACAGCCACAAGCACAGGCACAGCCGCAGUACUAUCAGCCAGCCGCACCCCAACAGCGUUCAGAAUACUGGCACCCGAAUGCCAAGGUGGACAUCAAUACUGGAUCUUAUUCGCUAAGCUACACCGGUUAAAACCAGUUAAGUAGUUAAUAGUAUGUGUAUGCGUGUGUGUGUGUCCCUAAGUCAACUUGCCGUGUAUGCCAAGAGCUUUACUGUUGUUGCUCGAUGCGUUGAGAAACCAAUCCAAUGUAGAUUUGUGACAAUAGAAGAGUCAUGUAUUUACUAUUGUGUAUUCUGUGCUAGCAAGAUAUUUCUCUACUUUUU